CGGGCAGGGGCCCCUGUUCCCCGUCAGGCUGCAGGCGCCGGGCCUGGGCCAGCAGGGCAGCUGCGAGCCGAGCGCUCUCCGGGCGGCGAGCUGGGGGUGCGCCCGGACCCCCGCCCCCGGGAUCAUGGGGAAUGGCAUGACCAAGGUACUUCCUGGACUCUACCUCGGAAACUUCAUUGAUGCCAAAGAUCCGGACCAGCUGGGCCGGAACAAGAUUACACAUAUCAUCUCUAUCCACGAGUCACCCCAGCCUCUGCUGCAGGACAUAACCUACCUUCGCAUCCCUGUGGCGGACACCCCUGAGGUACCCAUCAAAAAGCACUUCAAAGAAUGUAUCAACUUUAUCCACUGUUGCCGCCUCAAUGGGGGGAACUGCCUUGUGCACUGCUUUGCAGGCAUCUCCCGCAGCACCACCAUCGUGACGGCAUAUGUGAUGACUGUGACGGGGCUAGGCUGGCGGGACGUGCUUGAAGCCAUCAAGGCCACCCGGCCUAUCGCCAACCCCAACCCAGGCUUUAGGCAGCAGCUGGAAGAGUUUGGCUGGGGCAGUUCCCGGAAGCUCCGCCGGCAGCUGGAGGAGCGCUUCGGAGAGAGCCCUUUCCGCGACGAGGAGGACGUGCGCGCGCUGCUGCCGCUGUGCAAGCGCUGCCGGCAGGGCUCGGCGGCCGCGGCCGCGUCCCCGGCGCCGCACCCGGCGGCCUCGGAGGGAACCCUGCAGCGCCUGGUGCCGCGGCCGCCCCGGGAGGCCCACCGGCCGCUGCCCCUGCUGGCGCGCGUCAAGCAGACUUUCUCUUGCCUCCCGCGGUGUCUGUCCCGUAAAGGCGGCAAGUGAGGAUCCCGGCCCGCCCCGCCGUGGCGCCCCUCUGCCUAACGACUGCCCCCCUUCGGGGCCGUCUGGGCCUCCCACGGCCUCCAGGACGGGCCCAGAGCCCGUGGGAGCCCCGCGGCGGCCUGCCCCUGCCCCCGCCCCUGAUGCCCGCCCUGCUUGUCUGCGUCUGCAGUCUGUGUGUCCUCCAUCCUUGCGUCUCUGUGUCUGGACCGGCCUGCUGCAGCCACUUGGUGCCUUAGUCCUUGGGCUGGGGGGAGGGGGCACCCGG